AAGAUUUUGAAGAUAAACAUCAGAACAAAUGAUAAUUCCAUAUCAAUAAGUGAAUCAAGCAAAAAAAUAUGGAAUCAAGAUUAUUUUCCUUUGACAUUUCCCAAACUACUCCAGCCAGGUAGAAAAAAGAGAUCAAGACCUUCAGAAUCACAAAUCACAGUUCCUAAACAUGACAAAAGAAAAUUAGAGGAAAUUCAGAAGCCAGCUCAUAUAAGGAUAAGGCAUUCUUCAAAAAAAAUUUCCCAAAGGCCAUCUGUUUACUUAACAGUUAGGAGACAGGCUCAGUUCAGAAAUCCUUAUACUCUUAAAGCUUAUCCUGAAAAUGGAGAAUCUAAGAAGUCCAGAGAUGACAAAAAAGGAGGAACUUUACAGAGAAAUGCCAAGGAGAACAAAAGCCCACAUGACACAACUACAGAUUGUAAAACAGUAAAUGAUGAGAAACCUAGAAAAGGAAAUAAAGCAGUUAAAACUCCAUCAAAAGUAUCAUGUGAACUAUCUAAGAAGUCAAAGUCCAAAUUAGCAAUAAACCCAGAAUCCAAUGAUUUUGAGGCAAUAUCAAUGUAUCCAAAAAAAGAUAAGAGAGAGUCAAAGAAUUUCAAGGAGACAGAUAAUGAUUUCAUAUGUGCAAAGAAGGAUUCUAAGGAUUCACAGAACAAUUCUGAUGCCAAAUCACAGACUUGUUCAAAAAAUAGUUCAAAUAUGGAUUACAUACUCUAUUUCGAGGAGUCUGGUGCUGAAUCCAUGAAACUUGAUAUGUGGUUAAAGAAUUACUCUCAGAAUAAUUCAAAGAAGCCUUCGAAGAAGGACACAAAAAAGGAUGCAAAGAACUCUGAUGCUGAAUCUGUAGACUCAAAAGAUGCAAAGAAAGAUGUAAAGAAAGACAAGAAAGGUACGAAGAAAGACAAGAAGAAGGAUUCAAAGAAAGACACAGAGUCUACUGAUGCAGAAUCUGUAGACUCAAAGGAUGCAGAGAAAGAGCCAAAGAAGGCUAAAAAAGACUCAAAGAAAAGUGACAAGAAAAGGGAUGCAAAAAAAGACACGGAGACUACUGAUGCAGAAUCAGCUGACUCAAAGGAUGCAAAGAAAGAGUCAAAGAAGGCUAAGAAAGAUUCAAAGAAAAAUGACAAGAAAAAGGAUACAAAGAAGGAUGAAGUGUCUACUGAUGCUGAAUCUGAGUCUGAAUUGGAGACAAUGAAUUGGAAGAAAGAUGAAAAGAAGGAUAAGGUAGAUUCAAAAAAAGAUGAGAAGAAAAAGGAUGCCAAGAAGGAUGAAGUGUCCACUGAUGCUGAUUCUGAAUCUGAAUGGAAUUCAGAAAAGGGUAAACAAGAUGAAAAAAAGGAUAAGAGAAUUUCAAAAAAAAACAAAAAUAAAUCUGCAAUGAAAUCUGAAGAGUCUACUGAAACUGAAUCGGAUUGGGAGUCAAAGGAUAAGUAUGAAUCAAAGAAAAUUAAGAAAGAUUCAAAGAAAGAUGCCAAGAAACAAGAGUCUACUGAUGCAGAAUAUGAUGAAUAUUCCAAGAGAGACUCAAAGAAGCCUGAGACAUUCAAAAGUUCAGAUGCUGAAUCUGAAGAGUCACUAUAUAAACUUGAGGCUAAAAAGAAAGGAGUUGAUGAAUCUGAUGCCACAUCUGCAGAUUCAAAGAAGGAAACACUGGAACUAAAGAGAGAAUUCAAAAUGUCAUCCAAAAAGACUACAUUCAAAGAAAAGGGGAAAAAAACAGGUACAGGUAGAGUCCCCCCAUUAAGAGAAAAACCACCACUACCUCCUUGUGAGCCUUUACUACCAUCACCCAAGAUCAAACGUCUCUGUCGGUGCAAGAUGCCUCCUGAGCCUCUAAAACCAAGAUAUGCUCCUUUGUACCAAUUAUUUGAAUUUGCUAUUGUUUUCAUUGUCAAAGGAGACAUAUCUAGAAAAAAUGUUUCUAUGACUGAAGUCAAGGAGAUUACGCCUUAUAUGUUCUUCCAGGAAAUUUAUAGAUUCAGGUUUCACAUUUAA